AUGGCUCAAGUAGAAGUGGAUGUGAGUAUACUGGGUAUAGUUUAUAGACAGCUCCUAGUCGACGUGGCUACAAGCCUGAAGAAUCCAGAGGACAGAGAGACCGCGGAUAUUCUAAAAAGGCGUCUGUUAUCAUUUGAAGCGAUGGCAGAGAGUUUGGAUACGCGUAUACGCCGUUGUAGGGAUGUAAUAGCGCGGGAUUUGAAGAAGCCAGAGAUACAGCCAGAAGAGACACAAGAGAUACAGCCACAGCAACCACAGCAACCACAGCAACCACAGCAACCACCACAACCACCACAACCACCACCAAACGAUCCACUCACUCUCGACACGCUCCUCGAUAAGGAUGACUUUGACUUAUUCGGGGACGGAUAUCUUCAAUAA